ACUGGACUACUGGUUACAGCAUUCAAAUCUCUUCAACUUUCCACAAUCAAUCUCUAGUGCACUUUGUGUUUUACGACUCGGAUCCCGCAAUGUCAACCAUCUAUCUCAGAAACUUGAAUUUUCGGGCCAAUGACCUCGGGAGAGAAUCGACCCUUCUACUCACUUUCGGCAGCAACAUGGAUGGCAUAUACCGAGACUAUUUCCCUGUAGUUUGGCGGGUCACCACAUUCGGAGCGCAGGGCCAAUUCAUGGUGUCGGCGAAAUACACCAACCAGCUCGUUUUCACCAAACCACAGGUCCAAAAUCUGCAAAUCGUUGGUUCUGCAGCUACUGUCAAGAUCGACUACGGCCAACAAACCACACUGACUCAGGCCGGUGGUGGCUACUGUUUCGGUGCCCCUGAGGCAGGUGCGGAUGAUUACAUCAAGGCCUUGAAUAACACUGGGAAGAAUGAGGCCAUGGCAAUCGGCUUUGCAAACGAUGAUUAUAUGUCUACACCUACGUUGUACUUCGGCGAUAUUGGAAACAACAGUAACAUUACCGCACAGUUCACUCCAAAGCUCCGUGCCUACAUUACCACGUAUUAUCAAGAGGGAGAGAUCUUGAGAGCUGAAAUCCAAGCCCCUGUCAUCUGGGAACGGGAUCUUGCCGAUCUUGACGAGUCCACUACCUGGAACCUCACGAUGGACGCAAACACUGGAAAUUACGCGAUCACUCAGGUGUGAUGAAGGAAUGAAAAUCGGUGUACCACAGUAUCUGUUGUCUGAGGUCCGUAUCUUAAAUUUCGUAGAAUCUUCAUUUGGAAUCCUGACAGUAUGAG